AUGAGUUUUCGUGGUGGGUUCAGAAAUGGGAAUAGUGGUAACAACAGCUUCAAUAUUCCUGUAGGUAUAGCAUAUCAAGAUAUCUUAUCUCAAUCUCAAUUACAUAACUCCGAAGUCCCUAAGUUAGCUCUACCAGUAAAUAAUCCAACCAUAUCAUAUAGAGAAAGACUGGUUGCCUCAUACUGUAUCACCCACUUAAAUGACCUUAGUGAUUCUGUGUUUAACCUAGAUGAUAUUGGCAAAGACGAUAAAAAGAUAAAAUGUUCAAGUUUUAUCGAAGUGGAUAACUCAGACGAUAUUGAAAGAUACGGUGAUAGAUAUCUAAAACAUAAAAAAACAUUCAAUGGUGUCAAGUCCCUGACAGACCAUCCCUUCGCUAAAGAUUUAUUUCCUGAAGAGUUGUAUAACGUUAUGGGUUUCAACAAGAAAAAAUUGUUAAAUUUGAAAAGAUUUAAAAACAACAGUGCUGGAAGUAAUGGAAUCUUAAGUGGUAACGGCAACAAUGCUGACGGUAGUGCUGAUAGUGAUAAUAUAAACGCUGAUACUGAUGGAAGUGGACAAGACAAACUUGGGUUAUCUAUGUUAGAGAAACUGAAAGAAUUGGCCGAGGAAGUAGGCAAUGAUGUUGCGAUUGGUGGUGACGUUAAUGAGAAUGAUGAUGAUAAUGAUGAAAAUAAAGAAAAUCAAAGAAAAUCUGUUAUGGAUGAAAUUGAUGAAGAUGAUGAUUUUGAAGAAGAUGAAGAUGAUGACGAUGAUUAUAAUGCUGAGAAAUAUUUCGACGAUGGUGAUGAUGAUGAUGGAUAUGGUGACAUUGGUGAUGAUGACAACGAACCUAUAUUUUAA